GUGGCUCUAGUGGACAGGACUGGCAGACGAACGUUGACUCUGAUUGGUUUAGGUGGGAUGUGUAUCUGUGCCGUCUCCAUGACAGUCGGCCUUGUGUACCUGAGUGUCUACUCCUGGAUGUCCUAUGUCAGCAUGUCGGCCAUCUUCCUGUUUGUGUGUUUCUUUGAGAUCGGCCCUGGUCCCAUCCCCUGGUUCAUCGUGGCUGAGUUAUUCAGUCAGGGCCCCAGGCCUGCUGCUCUAGCUCUGGCUGGCUGCACCAACUGGACCAGCAACUUCAUCAUAGGCAUGACCUUCCCUUACAUAGAGGCUCUGUGUGGUAGCUAUGUGUUCAUCCUGUUUGCGGUGCUGCUGUUUGGCUUCACUGUGUUCACUUACCUGCGCGUGCCAGAGACCAAAGGGAAGACAUUUGAGGAGAUAGCAGCUGUGUUUAAAAAGGGAAGGAAACAGACACCAGGAACCAGAAAGACUGGAACUGGUACUGGUACCUCCACCGAGCUGGAGCAGCUCAAAACAGACUCCCAGGCCUGACAUGCUCACUAGUUGCAGGGUGUUCAAGCUUUAGUUCCAGCCCUGCACUAACAUAUCUGAUUAGCUUAAUCUGGUGUGUUACCGCAGGGCUCGGAUAAUUAGCAUUGUGACAGAGUGUAAGUGAUGAUAGUCCUAAAUCCUGAUCGCCAUCUAGAUAGUUGUUUACUUCCAGGAACAACUCCUGUCAUGACUAACUUUACAUAACUCAUACACAGGUCCCAGAAUGUUUCCUGCUCAGGAUAAAGCAGACAGAAAAACUCCUGGCUCUACUGUAUCAUUCAUGGUCAGGACAAUAGUGAGAAAGACAGGUGGUUUUGUUUCGAGAGGUUACAUUAUCCUGUUCUACCAUGUUCAAUGUGUAACUGACUGAAUGUAUUCACACAAGUUGAAUGUCACCAAAUGGGACUUUAGGACUACUAUUAAUAAAUUACUGCAAAGACA